CAGGUAGGAUUCCACUCCAAGGCACCAGAAAGGUUCUGAGCUUCCUGCCUGUCGGCUUCUACCCAGGACUCCUGCUGCCCUCCAUCCCGGAAGAUGAGCCACACCAGGACCCUCACCCUCCUCUGUGUUCUGCUGUUGCCCACCCUGCUCAGUGCCCACCUCAGCCCGGAAGUCAUCCAAGAGCGGCUCCCCCAGAAGCUGAAGGACCAUGAUGCCGAAAGCGUCCUCCGGGAGCUGCCCCUGCUCAGCGCCCUGUGUGAGGAGCCAGCCAGGGACCCACUCACCCUCCACCGGCUGCUGUGCUCCACACUGAGGAAGAGGCUGCAGAUGAACAUCUCCUCAGCCCACAUCCUCCAGCUCCAGACACUGCCCUCAGCUGACAGCCAGGAGCUGACGGUCAAGGUGCCCCUGGACAUCGAGGUUGAAUUGAAAAUGCUUCUGGUCAAGGACAUGAUCAAGCUCCAGGUAUCCAUGGAGGCCCAAGCCAGCAUCAGAGAAGAGGUGACUGACAGUGGCGAGAAACGCCUUGUCCUGGGCGCCUGCUCUAGCAGUGAAGAGAACCUGCACCUUAACCCCAAGGACAAUGUCUUGUUUCUAGUUCGCCCUGCAGUCAACAAGGUGAUGAGUCUCCUGACACCGGUUCUGCCCAAGCUGGUGAAAAGACAGCUCUGUCCCGUGAUUGAAGCUGCUGUUCAGGAUCUACGAGGGGAUAUUCAGCAAUCUGAGACAUUCUUUCCACCAAUUGAUAAGCCAGAAAGCCCUGUGGAACCCAAGAAACUGGAGGUGGCUUCAUGAUCUCUGACCAAGGUCAAGGAUGCCCUUGUCAUCAUAUCAGCCUCCUUGUGAACCCUGGACCACUCUCCUCACUCAGUGACAUUGGACGGGGCCACCCAGAGCAAGCAGGAGCCCAGUGGGGUGUGGGAGGCCACCGUGUCAACUGUUCCUC